AUGGCUCCCAGGACAGGUGCUGAGGCCCCACUCGGACCUGGGCCCUGUUUGGGGGUUGAAUGCCAAGCUGGCCACCCAACCUUAGUUCUGAUGCUCUUUGUCAGUGUCCUGGUGAUGUGGCUUGAGGCUGCUAAACUCACUGGGGGGUUCCAGGCCCCCUGGAACAUCUCUCAUCCAUUCAAUGUGCAGAGGCUGGGUGCCAGACUCCAGAUUGCCAUGGACAAGAUCAACUCUGAGCUGGCAGACUUCGGAAGUUUCAGCUGGGAGUUUACUUACACCAACUCAACCUGCAGCGCCAAGGAGUCUCUUGCUCUUUUCAUCAACCAGGUCCAGAAAGAAGAAAUUUCUGCCCUGUUUGGACCAGCAUGCCCAGAAGCAGCAGAGGUUAUUGGUUUGCUGGUCCCCAUGUUUGACUUUGUUGGACAAACAGCAAAACUGGAGAACAACUUCUUGUAUGACACCUAUGUGAAACCUGUGCCACGCAUGCACAGGGUUGGUGAUGUGCUCCAGAAAAGCCUCCAGUACCUGGGCUGGAAACACACUGGGAUGUUUGGAGGUCACUCUGGGACCUCCUCCUGAGAUGGAGUGGAUGAGUUGUGGAGGGUUGUAGGGAAUGAACUCAAAUCCCAUUUCACCAUCCCCGCCAGCAUGAAAUACACCAACAACAAUCCAGCCUUCCUUCAAGAGAAUCUUAGGAGCCUGUCAUUGAUUUCCAGAGUUCUUAUCUUAAUCUGUAACUCAGAAGAUGCAAAACUUAUCCUGCCGGCUGCAGAGAACCUGGGACUCCACACAGGAGAAUUCGUCUUUAUCAUUCGCAGCAGCUGGAGGCGGGUGCUGAUGAGACUCAACGGCUCCCGCAGGAAGAGCUCCUCGCGAGAAGGCCCUGGAGAUGAAGGCUUCCGAGAGCUGGCCCUCCGAAGGCUGUGGGGGCCGCCCUUCCACGGCCCCCUCCACAUGCUGGAGCAGGUGAGCCGUUACCCUGCUUACUUUCACGAUGCAGUCCUGCUGUAUGCUGAGGCCGUGAAGGAGAUGAUAACGGCCAGAAGGGAUUUCUGGGAUGGGCGGCAGCUCGUCAUCACUCUGAAAGGCUCCAAUCAGACUGCUUUGCAGGGAAUCACUGGCCCCGUGUUUGUGGACUCCCAGGGAGAAAGACACAUGGAUUACUGGGUCUAUGCCCUACAGAAAUCCUCAAAUGGGUCCCUCUUUCUUCCUUUUCUUCUUUAUGACAGCUAUCAGGAAGUCAUCAGACCCAUGGGGAAUUUCUCCACGGUUCCCUUCCUGAAGACAGAAGUGGCUGUGGAUUUUCCAAUGAGCUCUGUGAAACUGAGCCUGCUUUUGCAGAUCACCCUCCUGAUUACCAACCUGGGAGCUGUCAUCAUAGGUCUGAUUUUAAGGACACAGAGGGAAAAACUGCAGAGGCAAAAUAAAGGUCUUUGGUGGCAAAUCAACUAUGAUGACAUCACCAUUCUGUCCCAGAACAAGCCAUCCCAGAGAGGCACACCUGUGUCGAGAGGGAACAACAGUAACUCAUCUAGUGUGAUGAUUUCUGGGGACUUAAGCUCCUUUGUUGAGAACUAGCAGGGCAGAGAGCUAUUUUAUGCCCCAGUAGGGCUUUACCGGGGAAACCAUGGGGCCAUCUGUGAUGUUGGUGACCAAGCGCGAGCCUGGGUCAGGAAGCCGUCUGUGCUGCAGGAAAUCCGGCUGAUGUAUGAAUUAAGGCAUGAAAACAUUGUUCCCUUCUUUGGUAUUUGCACAGAAUCACCCAACAUGUGCAUUGUCACCCAAUAUUGCAAAAGAGGAAGCCUUAAGGAUGUUUUGAGAAACUCAGGCAAUGAAAUUGAUUGGCUGUUCAAGCUCUCAUUUGCAUAUGACAGAGUCAACGGCUUGCUGUUCCUCCACAGGAGCCCACUGGGAUCCCUUGGCAACCUGAAGCCUUCCAGCUGCCUGGUGGACAGACGGAUGCAGGUGAAGCUGUCAGGAUUUGGGCUGAGGGAACUCAAAUAUGGCCGGACGUACAGAAGGUACAACGAGAGAACGACGGACCGCUCGGGUAACCGUUGGCAGAUCUUGCACCCACUAGCUGUCAGGAGAGGGGUAAAGGGCUCCUUAUUCCACCUCUGCUUUCUGAGGCUCACGUGCACGGCUACCUGCAGUGGGCCUCCCUCUGGGGCUGAUGAAAAAAGGAGCGGCUUUUCCAGUUCCACCCGGCAGCUGACAUCUUCGGCUUUGCAGAGCUCUGCUGGACGGCUCCCAAAGGUGCCCCUUUCAGACACCCUGAAGGGAGACGUUUACAGCUUUGCCAUCCUGAUGAGGGAGCUGAUCCACCACCAGGACCGCGAACAUUUUGAUGAUCUAAACCUGGCACCAGAGGAAAUCAUCAGCCAAAUCAAGGACCCCAGGGCGUCAGUGCCGCCUCGACCUUCCCUGUCAGAAGAGAAGGGAAAUGAAAAGAUGGUGGUCAUGGUGAAGGCAUGUUGGGAUGAAUCUCCAGAGAAAAGGCCCACUUUCCCUUCUAUCAAGAAAAUGUUAUGGGGCCGCGUGAAUGUACUGAACAGUAUGGUGAGCAAGCUGAGAGUGUACACCAAUCACCUGGAGGAGGUGGUGGAAGAGAGGACCAACUAGCUGAUGGCCGAGAAGAGGAAAGUGGAUCAACUGCUGUGUACAAUGCUGCCCAGCUUCAUUGGAGAACAGCUCAUAGCUGGAAGAGCUGUGGAACCAGAGCAUUUACAGUCCAUGACAAUCUUUUUCUCUGACAUUGUUGGAUUCACAAAACUCUGUUCUCUCAGCUCCCCGCUGCAACUUGCGCAGCUCCUUAAGGACCUGUACAGUUUAUUCGAUCACAUCAUUAAAACUUAUGAUGUGUAUAAGGUUGAAACCAUUGGAGAUGCAUACAUGGUGGCUAGGGGACUUCCCGUCCGGAAUGGUACCCAACACGUGGACGAGAUUGCCACGACGUCCUUGCACUUCCUCAGUGCCACCAUCCGCUUCCAGAUUGGGCACAUGCCUGAGGAGAAGGUUAAGCUCUGGACUGGCCUCCACACCGGUCCCAUGGUGGCUGGCGUGGUAGGAAUCACCAGGCCCAGAUACUGUCUGUUUGGAGACUCUGUGAACAUGGCCUCCAGAAUGGAAAGUAGCAGUUUGCCUCUCGGGAUUCAGGUCUCUCAGAGAACUGCAGGCGCCCUGCUGGCAUUGGGAGGGUGUGAUUUGCAAGAGAAAAAGAGAGGCACCAUUCCAGUCAAGGGCAAAGGAGAGCAAACAACCUUCUGGUUGAAGGGCAAAGGCUUCACGAUCCCACUCCCCGAAUUUACUGAGGAUGACGCUAAAGUCCCAGAGAUCUUCUGAGGAAGAAGAGAUCCCAAACUGGUUGGAGCACCAGCUUUGAGACCAGUUUCAGCUACGAG